GGAAGAAGGAACAUUUGGGACUGUGGGAAGUUGAAAUGGUCCGUUUGCAGGCUGCCGGGGUUUAGACUGGGCAAGUUCCCAGCGCCCAGAUAGAGCCGGAACGUACUACGCGACGAUCCCUGAGCCACGGGGAUUUCCGCGCCAGGGAAGCCAGGCUUGCCAGGUGGGUACGGCUGCCGGGGAGGGGCUUCUCAAGGCCCGCCCCAUGCCCAGGUGAGCGCUCGCGACCCGUGCGGGCAGAGAAUGCGACCCCGCAGUGCUCGCGAGGUGCAGGGUGCUCCUGCCUCCGGGGCCGUCGGGCCAGGUCGGCUUGGCGCGCUGAGACUGGCCGUACGGGCUGGGCUUUUGGCGGCGGUGGAAGAGGAGGUUGCCGCGCCUUGCGCGGCCCAGGUGUCGUCUCCGGGGGCGGGGUUUGGAGCCCUGCAGCGGGAGAUCCCCGGCGGGACUGGCUGGCGGGCGUCGAGAGACUGAAGCGGAGGAGAGGAGGCGAAGCCGGGCGGCGCGGAGAGGCGCAGGACGCAGGCGAAGUCGCAAGGCCGCCAGCAUGUUCUCUCGUAACCACCGGAGCCGGGUCACAGUGGCCAGGGGCUCCGCCCUGGAGAUGGAGUUCAAACGCGGCCGCUUCCGACUCAGCCUCUUCAGCGACCCGCCGGAGGACACAGAGUUGCAGAGGAAGCUAGACCACGAGAUCCGGAUGAGAGAAGGGGCCUGUAAGCUGCUGGCAGCCUGCUCCCAGCGAGAGCAGGCUCUGGAGGCCACCAAGAGCCUGCUAGUGUGCAACAGCCGUAUCCUCAGCUACAUGGGCGAGCUGCAGCGGCGCAAGGAGGCGCAGGUGCUGGAAAAGACAGGCCGGCGGCCUUCUGACAGUGGCCCGCCUGCUGAGCGCUCCCCCUGCCGCGGCCGGGUUUGCAUCUCUGACCUCCGGAUUCCACUCAUGUGGAAGGACACAGAAUAUUUCAAGAACAAAGGUGACUUACACCGCUGGGCUGUGUUCCUGCUGCUGCAGCUGGGAGAACACAUCCAGGACACAGAGAUGAUCCUGGUGGACAGGACCCUCACAGACAUCUCCUUUCAGAGCAAUGUCCUCUUCACUGAGGCGGGGCCAGACUUUGAACUGCGGUUAGAGCUGUAUGGGGCCUGUGUGGAAGAAGAGGGGGCCCUGACUGGCGCCCCCAAGAGGCUUGCCACCAAACUCAGCAGCUCCCUGGGCCGCUCCUCAGGGAGGCGUGCCCGGGCUUCGCUGGACAGUGCUGGGGGUUCAGGGAGCAGUCCCAUCUUGCUCCCCACCCCAGCUGUGGGUGGUCCUCGGUACCAUCUCUUGGCUCACACCACACUCACCCUGGCAGCAGUGCAAGAUGGAUUCCGCACACAUGACCUCACCCUUGCCAGUCAUGAGGAGAACCCUGCCUGGCUGCCCCUUUAUGGUAGCGUGUGUUGCCGCCUGGCAGCUCAGCCUCUCUGCAUGACUCAGCCCACUGCAAGUGGUACCCUCAGGGUGCAGCAAGCUGGGGAGAUGCAGAACUGGGCACGAGUGCAUGGAGUUCUGAAAGGCACAAACCUCUUCUGUUACCGGCGACCUGAGGAUGCCAAUACUGGGGAAGAGCCGCUGAUUACUAUUGCCAUCAACAAGGAAACUCGAGUCCGGGCAGGCGAGCUGGACCAGGCUCAAGGACGGCCCUUCACCCUAAGUAUCAGUAACCAAUAUGGGGAUGACGAGGUGACACACACCCUUCAGACAGAAAGUCGGGAAGCCCUGCAGAGCUGGAUGGAGGCUCUGUGGCAGCUUUUCUUUGACAUGAGCCAGUGGAAGCAGUGCUGUGAUGAAAUCAUGAAAAUUGAAACUCCUACUCCCCGGAAACCACCCCAAGCACUGGCCAAGCAGGGGUCCUUGUACCAUGAGAUGGUCUUAUCAGAGCCUGUAGCCCCAGGGGGCCCAGAUGAGGGGCUGCUCCUGCAGGAUAAUGCAAUCUCGGCUGAGAUCCGGGCUUUGCUUUCCUCCUAUUACAGUGACAGGUGAUAGGGCUGGGUAGACUUGGGGCCUGAACUCUGACUAGCCCACCCCACCCCAACCCCUUCCUGGUGCCACAGCUAUUGAGCCGCUGGAUGACAUCGCAGCGGUGACAGACAUCCUGACCCAGCGGGAGGGCUCAAGGCUGGAGACGCCCCCACCCUGGCUGGCAAUGUUUACAGACCAGCCUGCCCUGCCUAACCCCUGCUCGGCUGCCUCAGUGGCCCCAACCCCAGCCUGGACCCAACCCCUGCCGUGGGGGAGACCCCGAACCUUUUCCCUGGAUGCUAUUCCCCCAGUCCACUCCCCUAGGGCUCGCUCGGUUGCCCCCCUCCCACCUCAGCGAUCCCCACGGACCAGAGGCUUCUGCAGCAAAGGUCAACCUCGCACUUGGCUCCAGUCACCAGUGUGAGAGAGAAAGGUGCUGGCAUAGGAUCUACCUGGAAAAGAAAAUGACCCAUGCGCAAUUGGACUCUGGAUACGGUGCUGUCUACAGCAAGAUGGCCAGCCUGGCCUCCUUUUCCUCUGCUGGACUUGGGAUAGGCUGCACAGGCGGGCAGAAGCCCCUCCUAAAUUGUGGUUCCCAUGGUACCAAGGAACUCAUUCCUGGGGCUGGCUGGGACCUCCCUAAACUCUUCCUGGAAGAAAACUGGAAUGACCUCUGCCCUACCUCCCUGCACUAACCAGCUUUGAGGAUGGCACUGAAGAGCCCUUGUGACUCCCACAUCAACCAUUAAAGUUAUUUAACAGCA